AAGUUAGGGACCUGACAACAUAACCUGACCUGGAAAAGCUAUGGGCCCAAGUUAUAGCCUACAACUAUAAACACCCUUGUUUGACUCUACUUGACACUACCUAAGGAACAGCAAGGGCAUGUGAAUUCUCUUGGUAUUUGGUAGUGUACGUAUUUCUUGUUUGAACAGGGAGGGCUAAAAGACCAUGCUCUUUCAACAGUUCUACAGAUUGCCAAGAAACAAUUUAAACCAAAUCAAAGAAAGGCUAACUACAGCUAUACAUAUGUUCAUUAAAGUUAGUUUUAUUCACUCCAAAUAUUGUCUGAUGUUUUCAGACCUCAAAAGUGUUAAGUUUAUUCCACAUCCGACAUCCAUCAGUUGUGUCGAUCCAGGUAUAUGCUUUAAAAUUAAAUGGAAAACCCUGAAUGUCUUUCAACCAACCCAGUAGCUAUGUAUUUAGGCCUACUGAGUUUUAGUAAGGUUGUUUUAAAGUAUUGAUUCAUUCUGAUCCGUUAAACAUUAAUUUGAUAUGAGGAAGUGUACUUCAAACAUGUGGUUGGAGCUUCAGUCCGCUUUAGAGGGAAAAGGAUUAAACUGCUAAGCAGUCAGUAACAAGAACCAUGUGUCCCUUUUCCCAGUUUUCCCAUCUGUGCCCUUAAAGCCCUCAUUUCACUCUCCCCCCCACUUCCCUCUUCCUUAAGAACCAGUCUGUUUUUGUUUUCCAAACAAGGCUCUCUGUACAGGAAAUUGUGUACUUUGGGAGCAUUCAGGAAGGCAAAGAGCAGAUUUCCUGUUAGGACCAUGGCAACAAAAAAAAGUGUGGAUAAAAGGGGUCAGUAAUCUCUAAACCAGAGGAGAAAGAGCAGUCCGCGAUUCCCCUCCCAUGACUUCACUUCCCUCCCCUUCUCACAGACUUGACAUUUCAAAUCUCCAUACCACGCCAGUGCCACAACUACCAUGACCUUCGAAACAUGGAAAACUGGAAGCAGAAGGAUAAAGAAACAAUAUUCCUGCGCCUCACUGGGUACAUUUCCUCAUAUACAGAGGAGCCAAAGAACAGGGAGAUUGUGUGGACGAGAGGAAAAGAGGAGGAGAGAAAAAAGGCAGAGGGACACUGAGUAAAAAAACGACAGGAAACCAAAUAAUUCUGGUGCUGUUUUCUGCAAAUCCUCCUGAGAUAAAUCACUUCAGAGGACUGCCAUUCCCAAUCCACAUUUUACAAUUAUAACUGACAAGGGGUUUUCCCAUACAUUUUUGUAAGAUUGAUUGGAAAUGUAUAAAGCACUAAAACUCUGACAGAAAAGUGACGUCUGCUUCAUUCUUCUCUCAAGGACUUUUCAGUCUCCCACACAUUUAGUGUGGUUGGUCAAGAUGUGAGCGGCUGAAUCCUUUUUGGGAGGUUUGUAUGGUUUUUACUUCUGGGCUACAUCUCACCCCUUUCCCAGGGUCUGUUGGAUCAAUGGUUGUGUAUUUGAGGAUUUGUUUGUUCUGAACUCCUGGACUACUAAACUGGAUCCAGAUGAAGAAUAAAGGAGCCAAGCAGAGGUCCAAAAAGAAAGGAUGUGAGAAUGCAUUCGGCUGUGACUUGACAGAACAUCUACACAAUUCAGGACAAGACGUUCCCCAAGUUUUAAAGACGUGUGCAGAGUUCAUUGAGAAACAUGGCGUUGUGGAUGGGAUAUACAGACUCUCAGGGGUCACCUCCAAUAUACAGCGACUCAGACAGGAAUUUUGCACUGAGUUGUGCCCUGACCUCACAAAGGACAUGUACCUCCAGGAUAUCCACUGUGUGGGCUCCUUAUGCAAGCUGUACUUCAGGGAGCUACCCAAUCCUCUACUCACUUAUGAGCUUUACAAGAAAUUCACUGAAGCCGUCUCAGUCCAGGAGGAUCAUGAACGAUUACAGCAUAUUCAGGAUGUCAUUAAAGAGCUACCACUCCCCCACUUCAGGACUCUGGAAUAUCUUACCAAACAUUUGGCCCACCUGGCCACCUUAAGCCCCCAGACUAACAUGCACAGCCGCAACCUGGCCUUGGUGUGGGCUCCAAAUCUGUUGCGCUCUAAAGAUAUCGAAGUAGCAUCCUGCAAUGGGGACAUGGCUUUCCUGGAGGUGCGGGUACAGCAGUCCGUGGUUGAGUUCAUUUUAAAUCACACUGAGCAGAUAUUCAACCAUGCAGCUGCACCAAUAAAACCGAAAGGACCCGGUUUGAUGUGCGGGGAGAAGUAUGCCACUUUGCCUAUCAGUGGCCAGGGUGGGCCAAUGAAGCUGAUGAGCCUGGAGGAGGCCCAGGCCCGCUCCCUGAGCCCGAACCACCCAGCACGGAAAGAGCGACAGCGGGAGAACAGUCUACCAGAUACCAGCACUGCCACCCUGUACCAUACCGUCAUAGACAUAUCGGAUAGCAAAAAGCUUUCUGGGAAAUCCAAAACGUGGAAGUCCAUCUUCAACUUGGGCAAGUCUGUGACAGACUCUAAGGGGAAACUGAGCCGGAAUGGGAGUGUGUUCUUGAGAGCACAGAACAUCACAGAAAAGGCAGCUAUCCGACCAGCUAGAAGCAUGGACUCUUUGUGCUCUCUGCCAACAGAUGAUGACAAGCCAGGAAAUUUCAACUCAGCAGGCGAGGCCAACGGUUUCUUUGCACCAGGCAUAAAAUCCAGAACACUUGGAUCUGACUCGCUCUAUGACCUCAGUGAACACCAAAGGUGGGAGUUUGAGAUUAAGAAAUUGAGCGAGGCCACAGGUGGCAGCAGCCCUAACAUGAAGAGAAGGGGCUCUCCAAGUGUCUCACCACCCCAAAAGAAGUCUCUACCUGAACAACUGAAGGUUUUCAAAGGCGAUGACCUCAGCAGCUGCCAGCCCACCUCUCCUAAAAACAGGAGGAUGCUGUAUUCUGGCUCCACCCACAGCAGCACAUCCAGGCCCUCCUUUCCAGGAAGCCUCUUCCCUGAGUCCUCCCCUAGGCAUCAGCGCAAGGCUCUCAACAUAUCAGAACCCUUUGCUGUGUCCGUGCCCCUGAGGGUGUCUGCAGUCAUCAGCUCCAACAGCACCCCUUGCAGGGCAACAGGGAAAGAGAGGCCUGCUGCAGCUGCCCUGAAACCCAGCAGAGAAACCUCCCAGUCAGACCAGAGUGAUAGCAGCGGCAGCUCAAGUUUCAGAGAGCACCCCCUAGUAGAGAGCAGUGUGGGGAGUGAGAGCAGUAUUUACAGUAACAGCAGCUCAACCCCUCUGGAAAAGGAGGCGAGACCAGCAGAGGAGAGGAGCAGAGAGGAGGCAGCUUCCAAAAGUGUGCCAGAAGUUUUAGGAAGUGAAGGAGAGGUGAAAGAGGUUCAAGGGAAGGUGGAAGUAUCUGACCUGAGACAGUCUUCCACUCCCAACACAAGAGAGGAAGAUAAAGAGAAACAGCAAUCUCCUGGGAAUCAACUGGACAGCCCGCCAGCACCGCAGCUUGAGACAAAAGAACUGACACAACUGGAUAUGGGAUCUCUACCUAUCAAGGAAGAACUGUGGUGUGAACUCCAUCUUGAGCUGAAAAUCACUGAGCCUGAGCUUGACAUUAUGGAAGAAGAGUUUAUGCCUGUCGUUUGUUCCACCAAGAACACUCGUGAGGAUGUUAAGGCAAAAAGAAGAACCAGUCUUCCAACUCACUCGUUAUUAUACAAGGGACAGCCUUUGAUGCCCACCAGGCCUGCAUUGACUGAUCAAAGUGCUUCUACAGUAGCACAUUCAGCAAGAAAGAACUCCUCAGACACACUAUUUCCGUUUGACAAAACAUCACAUUUCAUGGUUGGCACUGAUAUGAAAAAUACACCUCUACAUGCUGCUGAUUCAACAGAUAAAACAAAAAACAAACCCCACAUCUCCCCAAAAUCCAAGCACACAGAAACAGAUAAACCCAUCAGCAUCAAGCCACGACUUGUGGUUCCUCACCUCGCAGAGCCAAGUUUACAUUCUACUCAACAAAGCCAGGUCAUAAACCAUUUGCAGCCAGGGAAUGACAUAACAUACAUAGGCAUGUCUGUAGUAGAGAAAGGAAAAGAGCCAUCAUGGAAAAGUAAAAAUCAAGAUUGGGUCAAAGGGCUUUUCCAUGAUGAUGGAAAGAAUGCUUUGUCAGUUGUCAUGGGAGGCAUUGAGAGGCUUUCAAUAUGUUUGGAGGAAAGAUCCCACACCAUGGGGCUUGCACACCAAAAUGAUGAGGAUGGAUGUGGAGGACACUCCGAAUUGGAGGACUUGGAGGAGGAACCUUGGGAGGAGGUCUUCAGCUCCACCAAACAGUGGGUAACCAGUCCUCUUCAUUCACCCACAUUUAAGGAUUUGUUUGGAAAACUAGAUGUGUCAUCGUCUUGUUCUGCGGAAGAAGGUUUGAGCUCCAAAGAUCUAAACGUUCCUCCUCAAUCUAGAGAAGACAAACCAACAAAUGGAUCAUGUCCCAUGAGGAGCAUAGAAGUGUUCCCAGGAAAUAGCUCUCUAGCAUGCAGCGGCAAAACAGAGACUAAAAUCACACAUCCACAUCCGUUACCCGCCAAAACCACCAUGCUCGGUGAUGAAGCAACGAGACCACACAGAGAGAACAGCUGCAUAGCCAAGCAGAAAAACACCACCUCCUCCCAGAGAUUCCACAGACAGACGUCUUAUGAAGCAUGUUAUUCAGAAAAAACUGUGCAGGACAGUUUUUCCAAACACAGACCCUAUUCACUCAAUUUGGAUUUAGGACUUCGAUGCAUCAGAGACAUUUCCAAUCAGCAAAACCUGGAGUCAGCUGAGUUGUCCUCCAUUCAGAGAGGGGCAGUGACCCCGUCUGGGACCAAAUCCAACGGCCUGUCCCAGGAACUGGAGCUGUUCCUGAGCCACCGACAGGCCCCUGUGCGCCGGAACUCCGCCCCCGUCAGUGUGUCGUCUGUCAGGACGGCCUUCAUGAUAAAGACUUGCCAGGCCAAAGCCGUGCCUGUCAUCCCCCCAAAGGUGCAGUACAGCCACACACCUCAUCCCACGAACAAUGAUGCAGGAAAUGAAGCAGAGAAAGAACUCACAAAAACCAGGGGAGAGAAACGAGAUACUGUACCUCUUCUUCCAUCUAUCAGGGAUCUAAAGGAGGAGUUGGAGAAUAAGGAGCCAGCCCCCAAAUCCCAAAUAAGGCAGUCUAUUGCAGAGAAAUCUACGGAGACUAAUAAAACCACACCUACUUCAGACCCACCUGUGCUGAGGAGGAAACGCUCCUCCCAUGCAGAGGCCUUUGCUGACUGUCCAAGACCUGAACGGCCUAGUGUUCUACAAAGGCCGUCCUUUAGGAACCGCCAGAGACCACAGAGCCUCAUCUUGUUCAGUCCACCCUUCCCCAUCAUGGAUUACCCACCGCUAGGGGAUGAUGGUAAGCUCCUCCUCUCGGCCAUCAGAAGUCCAACUGAAACAUCAGCACUCAAUGUCUUUACUAAAGAGAUGGAUGAGAAUCUCAGGACCCCAGAGGGGGUGACCCUGCGGAACAAAAUGACAAUACCCAAGAGUGGACAGAGGCUGGAGACCUCAACCAGCUGCUUUUAUCAGCCACAGAGGAGGUCCAUGAUAUUUGACAACAGGAGCCACAGGCAGAUUGAAUGAGACAUUGGACAGUAACCAGUUUCCUAACACUACUCUGGUUAUCCUUCUGCUCAUCCUCCCUUUUCUUGGACUUAUGUAAAUGAUUUUAGCAAUAUUGGGCCUAUAAUUCUACCUUUGGGAAAUGAACCAUUUAUUUGUUUCCAAUGCUCCUACAAUCACCUCUCUGUCCUGCACUAAAAUAAGUAUUCUCGAAUAGUGGUGAAGAUUUUAUUCCAAAUCAUAUGCAGUAAUGAUCAAAUAAUAUUCAAAUGAUAUAUUGUUUAAAUUCAAAUGUUAAACAUGUUUGUAAUAUGCAUAUGAAGGAUAGACAGCCAAAGAAAGGAGAAUGUUACAUCGACCCAUAUUGCCAUUGGUAUUUGAGAAAAUGUCUUUUACUAGUUUGCAUGUCAUCAUUGGUAAUCACAAGAUUGCCUUUUUGCCAAAGAGAGUUGUACCUUCAGUGAUCGCUGCUUUGUUUUUAUAUCGACCUUUUUUCUUACCUAUUUUGUGAACGGAAUAAUGACUCCAUACAGUAUGGAUCCACUGACGCCCAGCUAUUGUCGCUGUGAUCAGCUUUUAUCCUGACAAUAGUAUCAGGACAGUGUUUUUCCAACGUUCUAAGUAAAGAGAACAGGAGAAAGCAGCUACUUUAGUUGUAUUUGUAUUAUAGACACUAAAUGGUAUUUAUUUAUCCAAUUAUCAAUCUAUAGAUAGUCAUUAACACACUUGACCAAUUCUUUGUCGUUGUUAUUUGUCUUCAAUUCUAGUAGCCAGACAUUACUUCACCAAUUCUAUAUUGUGUUAUGUUACCAAUAGUUAUACUGGUAUGUGUUACCAGUGCUACCAGUGAUUUAUCAGAACUGACAUAGUUGGUGUUCUCUUAAUUGGACUGUAAAAGUAAUGUUUUGGUAACGUUUUUGGAUGAGGAGGACAGAUGACAAAAGUACCUAAUGUAAAAGUGUCUGUUGUGAU